GGCUCGACUUCAACUCUCAAUGACGAAAUAGCGAACCAUCGAGGUAUUCCAUUCAUGCCAGUCGACAUAGGAGAAGCUAAAGAAUAUUUUAAUCAAAUUCCUCAUUAUAUUCUUCGCCUCUAUGAGUAUCUCGUCAAUGGCCAGAAAGCAGUUGUCGCUAUUACCGGUAUCAAGGUAUUUUUCGAUAUUCAUGUUCCCAGCAAUACAAGUAUCCCUAAAUUCUGGUCUAAAGUGAAGGGCAUCCUUGCUACUGGGAAAGACAAUGAGGGGAAGACCGUAAACAUGAAUCUAAUCCAGAUGGAAUAUAUAAAGGCAUAUCCUAUUCGUGGAUAUCAUGCAGAAAAAAAGCCAUAUCUUCGCAUUAUCACACCUAAUAAAGAUCUAAGGUUCACCGCUCUCGAUAUUAUCUCAAGCUACAAUUCAAAGGUUGAUCCCGAAUGUAAAAUAGAGACAGCUUCAGACGAUACAGGCAUAUAUUAUCGUAAAGUUGCGAGAGAGUAUAGAAUACCUCUUUCCGGGUGGGGAUUAAUAAGUGAUUAUAGAUAUAAUUUCAGUGCACCUUAUUAUGCGAAAUCCCAACAUUGUCCACAUGCAUUUUAUGUCUACAUUGAAAACUUUCGUCCUAUAGACAAUUUUGAACCAUUUUACAAAAUAUAUCCAUCUUCUCUCUUUACCCAUGAUCGAGCAUUAGUCCUAACAUGGGAUAUAGAAACAUACGACUCGCGUGGGUCAGGAAACUUCCCAGAAGCUAAAAAUGACACAUCUCAAAUUUUUACGAUCUGUAUGACCCUGCAUUGGAAAGAUGAUCCGAUCCCCUUAGAGCGGAUAUGUUUAGUUGAUGUAGAAACGGAACCAGACCCGCGCUGGAUUACGAUUAUAUGCGGCAACCAGACUAAUAUAAUAAAGGCGUUCGCUUUAUGUUGGAAAUUUUUUGCUCCAGACAUCGAACUUGGAUUUAAUGAUUCAGGAUACGAUUGGCCUUUCAUUGUUGAAAAGGCCACCAAAUUAAAUGUUCUCGAGUGGAUGGUCCAGCGAAUGUCGGCAAACCCGCAUAAGAAAGCUGAUGCUGAAUCUAUCCUCACUUGGAAUUAUUUUGGCGGAAAAGGGAAGCCACUAACUAAUGGAACGAAAGUAUCCAAUCUCUUAGGCGCUGAAGCUUGGGCGCAGGACAUUCUAUACACCACGAAAAUUUCCAAUCAGAAAGCAUCUGGGAAGUUUCCAGGAGCGUAUGUGUUCCCGCCAGAAAAGGGUCUUGAAAAUAAGCGUCCUGUCACUGGUUUAGACUUUAGAUCCUUGUAUCCUAGCAUAAUUAUGACUUACAACCUCUCACCCGAGAAGAUGGUCUCAACACUUUCGGAAGUAGAUAAGUUAAAGAGAGAGAAUAAAGUGCUUCACAGUAUCGAGUUCAAGUAUGGCGGUAAACCUGUGCGAGCCUGGACCAUACGGCAUGGAAAUAAAUCUGAUCAGGAAGGUCUAUUUACAAAAAUAUUGAAAAAUCUGCUCAAUAUACGGAAUGAAUUAAAGGCCCAACUUAAAGUUCUCGGAAAGAAAAAGGAAUAUAUGGGGAAAGUUAAAAGUAAAAUGGAUUCAGCUGGCGGAUCUUUCCUGGUAGUGAACGCAAUCAAAGAUGUUUUAUCCUCUGUAAAAAAUACUGAGAGGCACGCAGAGAUGACCAAGAUCCUAAGUCCCUUUAUUGUUCCGGAGGAGCGAUCUGAUGGAGCUGAUUUAUCAUAUGAUGAUUUUAUGAAAAAAUAUAGUUCUAUUUGUUUUGAAUACAAUUCUUUAAAUUCGAAGCAGAAGGCGAUUAAAUUAUAUAUGAAUUCGUUCUAUGGUGUGACCGGCCAAAGUGAUUUCCCGUUCUAUACACUAGCACUUGCUGGGGGUGUUACUUCAGCUGGGCGAGAGAAUAUCAAAUUCGUCGCAGAAUUCGUGAAAAAGAAGGGCUUUGGGAUAAAAUACGGGGAUACUGAUUCCCUAUAUCUCACUUGCCCAGAUUCUUAUUAUGAGAAAUGUGAUCUGGCCUACAAUAGCGGGAAAGGCACAAUUUCGAAGCUAGAGUAUUGGACCGAAAUGGUCACAAUUACUAUGGGCGUAAUGGAGAAAUUGCGUAAUGAAGUAAACAGUUUUCUUAGGCUGAAAACCAGAUCGGGUUAUCUCGAAAUGGCUUAUGAAGAAGUGCUAUUCCCAGUAGUCUUCACUGGGAAGAAAAAAUAUUUUGGCACCAAGCAUGAAGAUGCAGUAAACUUCGGUCUGAAGGAUCCUUUCAUAAGAGGAAUUGAUACUGUGAAACAGGGCAUAUCCCAGCUUUUUAAAACCAUAGGUGAGCGGAUUAUGAGUGAAGUCAGGGAUAUCAACAACGAGCGCUCUCUCCAUAAAAUUGUUGAGGAUGUUCUCAGGGAUGCUAUAAUCAAUCCCAACCAAUGGAAUUUCGAGCAGUUUAUAGAGACUGAUGCAUGGAAACCCGAUAAAGACAACAAAGCCGUUCAGCGAUUUAUGGUACGAAUGCAAGGGAAAUAUGAUAGUAAAAUCCCAGUACCAGGUGGACGCUUUAGUUAUAUAGUGGCCCACCCCGAGACCACUUUCGAUUUGUAUGGCAGAAAGCUAAAACCAACUAAAGGCGAAAAAAUGGAAUUCGCCGAUAUAGCUAAGGAAUUGGGAAAGGAACUAGAUUUAUACCAUUAUUUCGAAAAAACUAUUAUUGGCCUUUGUGCCCGAUUUAUCAUGUACGACAAGAAGUAUGAGCCAGAACCCUCAAGUCGAAUCAUGCGAAUCGAAGACCCAGAUGAGAAAUAUAAGCAAAUUGAUGACUACGCUCAAAACAAGGCCAAGUCAUGGCUUGAAGGAUUCGUAAAAGAAAAUAUCAUAGUCAAUGGUGUUACUUCCAAGAUGAUGGAAUCUCGUGGGAUUGCUUACAAGCGUGCUUACAGAACUGCGGUCAAAAAGGCACAAGAAAUGUUGUAUCAAAAGAUAGAGUACUUAUACGAAAUAUUUCAUGGCGAAUGGCUUAGCUACGAGAUUUUUAUGGUAAGUAACCCUAUCGAGGUAUUAUGGGAGAAAUUUAUGAAAUGCGCUAGGAAAAUUUCAAAAGAUAAAAACCUCUUGGUAGAUGACAAAAUGAAGGAAAAAAUAUGCUCUGAAUUUGCUCGAUAUCCUAGUGAGCUUGUAAAAUGCAUUGAAGAGUAUAAUUUAUUCUUUCACAAAUUGGUCUAUCAUAUGCGUUACAAAGAGCAUGUAUCAAUUUCAGAAGAAAUCGGACCAGUCUCAUCCAUGCGAAAAAAUGAGAUAAUUGCUAACCUACCAGCCUUACCUCACAUAUCAGAAAUUGGAGCGCUAGACGAGAUUAGUAAUUUAUGGUAUUUCCAUCUUGAGGAUGUGACUGAAAGUACUUAUUAG